AUGGCAAGCGGCACGCAAGCACAUCAUAUUGCAGUCGAUCUUCAAGAUAAGCUUAACACUGUUGGUGAUGAAGACAGCACAAUUAUCAAGGCCGUAACCGCCGGUGUUGGAAAACUUGUUUCCGUCAAAACCCAAGUUGAUGACAUCCAAGGAAAAGUCAAAAUGAUUACUGAUAUGGCCUCAAAGGUUGCUGGCGAUAAUCCCAUUCUAAAACAAACAAUCCAGAUUGCCCAAGCUGUUUUCAAUAUUGGUCAAACUAUUCCGUUUGUUGCACCUGUUUUUUCAAUUUUACAGAUCAUCGUAGAUGUUGAGGUCAAGGCGCGAGAAGCCGAUGCCAAAUGCAGCGAUUUACUUGAGCGUAUCAACUUUAUGGUUGAGCAUCUUACUGUUAUAGAGGCCAUCAAAAUUUCUUUUUCUACCGAGCAUGUCAUUCAGCGCAUGGAAACUGUUCUCAAUGGAAACAAGGACCGGUUUGUUGGCUGCUGCAAAUCUAUCGAGACUUGCUCGAACGAUCUUAUGUUUAGUCUGCAAAUCCAACAAACAUCUCAACUCGAUGUGCUUACUCGUGCUAUUGCCAUUGACGAGCAAGAUCUGGCUGCCGAAGCUUUUCUAAAAGAAAAUGGUGGCAUCAGCAACAUCAAGAACCAUCCAGAACUUGUCAAAAAGUUUGCUGGAGAAAUGAAACUCUCAAUGGAUGAUUCUGUUAUGAAAGAUCUCAACAGUAAUCUUACAGAUUUAAUCAAUCAAAACAGUGUCGAGAUGGAGUCCAAACUCAAAAAAGGCAUGAGCGAAGCUGUUGUUGAUGGUCUUAAAAGUCUUGCAUCUACCCUGAAGGAGAUUGAACGCGAAGAAUUACAUGGCUGCGUUCAAUGUGGUCAGACCUAUCGUGAAUCCACCAAUGCCGCUGGUUCAUGUUCUUUUCACGAGUCGCAGUAUACCGAAUACCGUGGCGGGCAUGUCUGCUGUGGAAAAACUGAUACUUGUAAGCGUAGCAAGCAUUGUUCAAAACACCACAACAACUAUCCAUAUGCUGCCUUUUUUGAGCGCUCUACAGCCAUUUUGGGUUAUGUAGAUACUAUAGAUGAUUUUGUCAAUGAUGAAAUUGUUGAUUUUGUUGAAAAAAAGCAUAACCAGUCAUUCAGGGUUGGAAAACUCCUGCGUACAUCAACUGGCGGUAUUGACCUGAAAGAACCUCAUCUUUUGGUUUGUAUUGGAUAUCCUUAUUCUGGAAGCAUUGGAUAUCACUUUGAGAUAUACUCUUCUGAAGAGAUUCAAGAGAUUCAAUCCAAACUAACGGAUCUCUCAGAGUCGCGACAUAUUUACAAGAUCAAUUCUGCACCCGAGGCAUUCGUUGCGGGUGAAUGGCUGGUUAGUACCGAUGGGAAUAUUGAGGGAAUCAAGCUAAUUGCCAAAACUACUACGAUUGAUGAUGCGGUGGUUCAAAUCGUGCGGUUCAACCCUAGCACGUUUGAACAGAUUGGUCAAGUUGAGCAUGUUACUAGAGGCUUUAUCUCCUACAAGCCUAGUGAGCCAUACGAGUUUCCUGCUUCACAGAGCGUUGGAAAUAUGGUUCCUCAAGAGCCAUCCAGACCAGUUCGAACUGAUUUCAAAACAAAAUGCAGCUCCAAUGAUUUCCCAGUGAUUCUUUUGGUUAAUUCUAAACCUCCACUUGCUGCAAAUGUAGAUCGUACUUUUAUGGAUCGUGACAAUUUUACUUGUACAGUUGCUGUGUUCAAUAAGCAUAAUGUUCCUGUGACCAUUAUGUCAGCUAGCUCCGAGUACCGCUUUAUUGGCCAGUCAACCUAUAAACCCUGUUUUGACACUGUAAUGUCUGAAACAAAGUUCCCCGUCACCAUUGCUCCUCGCCAAUCUGCAGAGAUUCAGUUUGUAGCUCAUGUUCCUCGUUCCGAGGCAGAUGCUGCUGUUACUGGAGUUUGGUGGUACAAGUCUAUAGUUGCUCGUUUUAAGCCCCUUCGCAUUCGAUUCACUAUCAAAGACUUGGAAGACAACCACGCAUCCAUUGUCAUUGAUCACGUCUUUUCCCCAUACAAAAAAGACAAGCCAUACAGCAACACCAUUGCAUCAAUUGAUUUUCAUGACUGGGAAACUCAGCGUAUCCAGUCAGUUAACGUAUCCAAGGGAACCGGUGAUUCAUUCAGCAUCAGCAUCAAUGACACGUCCUACAAUGAAAACGAGUUGAACUGCUUGGUAUACAAAGCCAAGAAACUUGGUAUAACUGAAUAUGAUUUGGGAAAUUCUCGCGACUUUAAUGAUCGGUGUGUAUUCAACUCGUACGCACUUGUGGACAGCGUUUGCCAGCGCGUUUAUGGGUUCAAACUGACCAUGACUCCACAUGCGUCUGUUAAAGAAAAACUAUUUGCAUCUGUCCUGUAUGUUCCUUGUCCAGAUUAUGGCUCCCUCACUGUUACACGCCCAAGAACCUACGCGGUUGAAAAAGUGGUUCUCCCUGAGCUGGAUUUAAUUCCAGAGCCAGACAAUGUUUUUGAUGACACUAUAGAUGAUACUGUCGAGGCUCCUACCACCACUUCUACGGUUGUAUCUGCUGGUAUAGCCGGCGGAAAUAGCACUGUUGGUAUAGAUGGUGCUGCAAUAGGUGCGGCUGUUGGAACUGCUCUCAGCGAGCGAAUGUCUGCCAUAGAAGAUAAAUUAGAGAGAACUGCCAGUGCUCUUGAAGAUCUUGUUGCAAUUCUUAAGCAUCUGGUUGCUACUACUGGCAAUGCUUAAGAUUGGGCAACCAUGUGAGCUUGUCCUCAGGAAUAAAGGAUUGAUUGUUGACG